CAAAGACCAAACUACUGGCUGGAUGAAACAACUUCCUGGUACAUGUAGUUGGGUGUUGUUAUGAUGAUAGGACCACACUUUCUUGCUCAUUUUGAAUGAAUGUUAAUUGUCUGGAUGUAUCCAGCUGAGGGGCCUACUGUAUCCUGGAAAAAGUUCUUGCAGAUAGAAAUGGUGGACAACAUCCAGCUUCUUUGUGAUCCAAGCAACAAAGAAAAUCAUCUGUAAAAAGAGCAAAGAAGUUUGGAAACACCCAACAUGGCCGACAGUCAGCAAGGCGUUGGCAGCGGGCGUGCCCGUGGUCGGGGGCGAGGCCGCGGCCGUGGGCGGGCCUCUGCAGGGCAGCAGCAGGGCCAGCCCCGGAGGCCUGGGGAGACAGCGCCUGCCACGCCCAUGCCUAGUGGUGAUGCUGAAGCCAUGCCUGCCCCAGGGAGGGGCAGAACCAGGGGAGGGGCUUCCCAGGUCCCUGGAUCAGGAGCUGCUAUAAGCAUGGAGCAAAGAGCGGCCAUGGCCGAGAGUUACCAUCCUCAUGCCCCGAGACCAAUGCCAGCUGAAGCGCCCCCUACAGCUCAGAUGGCAGCGUUGAGCAUGGGCGGGGCCCAGGGUGCUGAGGGAGGGGGAGUCAGUGGCCGCGGCAGACAGACAGAGCUCCGCUACGGAGAACAAAAAGCACCCAGACCCAUUGAUAAGAGAGGCAAGAAAGGAAAGCCGGUGGAGGUCUUGACCAACUGUUUCCGCAUGAAGGCUGCUGAUCAGUGGCUUCUGCACCAGUACAGCGUGGACUUCAGCCCCGUUGUGGACAACCCUAGGGCACGUCAUGCCCUGCUACGGGCUCACUCUGAGAUCCUAGGCACCCCCAUGGCCUUUGAUGGGAUGAUGUUGUUCCUGCUUCGAAGGCUUGAUGAGCCGGUGACCAGGUUUCAAACCAAACGCCGUGACUCUGAUGACAUCAUCACCAUUACUGUGACUCUCAAGAAUGCGCUGCCUCCUACUUCACCAACCUGCAUGCAGGUUUACAACAUCAUCUUCCGCAAGAUCCUUGGAUUGGUUGGCUUUGAGCAGAUUGGCCGGAACUAUUUCAACCCCAACGCCAAAAGGGAAAUCCAGCAACACAAGAUCCAGCUCCUGCCCGGUUUCAUCACCUCCAUCUUGCAGUAUGAGCAGGAGGUGCUCCUGAUGGCGGACGUCUCUCACAAGAUCCUGAGGACGGAGACAGUCUUGGACAUGCUGGCUGAGAUUCAGCAGACCAAGGGAGCAGGCUGGAGGGAUGUGGCCAAGAGAGUACUGGCAGGAGAAAUUGUCCUGACCAAGUACAACAACAAGACCUACCGAGUGGACGACAUCGACUUUAAUAUCAAUCCCAUGAACACAUUCGACAAGUUGGACGGCACUAAAAUAACCUACGCCCAGUACUACCGGGAUGCGUACGGGUUAAAUAUCAGUGAUCUAGGACAGCCACUGCUGGUCAGCAAUCCAAAGAAAAGGGAUCAGCGCCGGGGAAUGAUUGAUCACAUCCACCUGAUCCCUGAGCUGUGUACCCUGACGGGGCUCAGCGAAGCUAUGCGCAGUGAUUUCCACGUCAUGAAGGACCUGUCUGUGUACACUCGCAUCACGCCCAACGUCCGCAUGAAAGAGCUGACCAACUUCAUCGGUAGCUUUCCCAGGAAUCAAGAGGCGAAUACUUACCUGCAAAAGUGGCAGGUGAGCUUUGAAGCUCAGCCAGUCAGGAUCAACGCUCGCAUCAUGGAUCGGGAGAAAAUCCUCACCGGUCACCAGGGAAAGAAUGAGAUUUCCUUGGGGGAGAAUGCAGAGUGGAGCAGAGAUCUGCGGAAGGAUCUGCUGAGCUGUAUUGGUCUGCACAACUGGCUGCUGAUCUACACAGCGCGUGAUAGCAAGAACGCCAUGGAAUUCCUGAACGCCUUCAACACAGUGGCACCGCGUUUGGGAAUGGAAACCAGACCACCCUUAAUAUGUGAGCUACGUGAUGACCGCACUGAAAGCUUUAUCCGUGCCAUCCGACAGAACUUGAGUCCCCAGACACAGAUGGUUGUGUGUAUCCUACCAACUAUUCGUAAGGAUCGCUACGACGCCAUCAAGAAGUUCUGCUGUCUAGAGGCACCGGUACCCAGCCAGUGCAUUGUGGGUCGCACUAUCAACAAGAAACAGACCGUCAUGUCCGUAGCUACCAAGAUUGCUAUGCAAAUCAACUGCAAGAUGGGGGGAGAGUUGUGGACAGUUUUAAUUCCAUCCAAAAUGUUGAUGAUGGUGGUAGGAAUCGACUCUUAUCACGACUCCGCCACUAGAGGGCGCUCUGUCGGUGGCUUUGUCGCUUCCAUGAAUCAUGACCUUAGCAGGUACUUUUCACGAUGUACAUUCCAGCACACAGGACAGGAGCUCAUUGAUGGUCUCAAAGUCUGCAUGACAAGUGCAUUGAGGAAGUUUAAAGAAAUCAACGGUAAGUUGCCCGAGAGAGUCAUCAUCUAUCGCGAUGGCGUCGGCGAUGGGCAACUGCCGGCUGUGGUGGAGUAUGAACUACCACAAGUGAUUGAUACCUUCAGAAUGAUAGGAACAGACUAUAGCCCUAAGUGCGCUGUGGUCGUCGUUAAGAAGCGAAUCAACAAUAGAUUUUGCUCCUUGAAUCAAGGAAAUCUCGUGAACCCAUCCCCAGGAACGGUGAUCGACUCGGUGGUCACCAAACCAGACUUAUACGACUUCUUCCUUGUCAGUCAGUCUGUACGCCAGGGCACGGUCACUCCAACCAGUUACAAUGUGAUCUGGGACAACUCGGGUCUGGCACCAGACAGCAUGCAAAGCCUGACCUACAAGCUCACCCAUCUGUACUUCAAUUGGCCGGGAACCAUUCGUGUACCGGCCCCCUGCCUCUACGCUCACAAGCUGUCUUUCCUUGUUGGCCAAAGCCUGCACAAAGAGCCGCGGAUUGAGUUGGCUGACCGGCUGUUCUUCCUAUAGGCAGUAAGACCAGGGGUAAUAUGUAAACAAUUGCUUAUACAUGUAUAUCUUAUCUUUACAUGUAUAUCUUUGUCAGUGGGACUGACUGUUUUCUGCCGACAUCCGCGAAUGUUAACAACAAAGGCAUACGGUCUUCCUAUGUCGUAUUAUCAGAAAUUAAACUUUCAUGCUGUAACGCUAAAGCUCCAUGUUGGAGAUAUCAUCACUGUUUUGCUCACAGAAAAAUUUGGAAAUUAGCAUAAAGAAAGUGACUGGAAAGAUUCAAAAUAAUGUAAAUGGGGCACAAAACAGCAAUUAAUGAUUACUUACAUCUCUUUCAGUUUGUCAGGUGUAAAAAACCUGAAAACGACUUCUUAAUGAGGGUUUUGAGGUCACAAGAAGUUAGGUCAUUCCAUGGGUUGGAUGGUCACCAUCUCAGAUUUUACUUUUAACAUUCUUCCAUAAGAUCCAAUUGUUGCGAUCUUCCAUAAGAUCCAGUUGUGGCGAUUUUUCAUAAGAUCCAAUUGUUGCGAUCUUUCAUAAUAUCCAAUUGUUGCGAUCUUCCAUACGAUCCAAUUGUUACGAUCUUCCAUACGAUCCAAUUGUUGCGAUCUUCCAUAAGAUCCAAUUGUUGCGAUCUUCCAUACGAUCCAAUUGUUGCAAUAUUCCAAUUGUUGCAAGUUCAAAAGAAAAGUUAAUUAAGAAUUUUGUUGUUUUAGAAUUGUGAACUUGCACAAAAUGUAGGCUUGUAGAUAUUAGGUGAAAUUUUUAAACGUGAUUUACUUUAAGUUGCACAAGUUUAAAAAACAACACAAUUUUCUGAGGUUUCUACAAGUCUUUUCGAAGUAUAUAGCAGUUACAA